GCAAAUAUUUAAAUAUUUUGGGUACAAACUUUGUGCUAAUUUCUCUAGUUUAUAGGGAUAUAUAAUACACACGAGACAAAAAUUAUUGUCCUUGCUGGAUCCUGCCUUUCUCAUCUAAGGUAAUAACCCUGAAACUACGUAAACAGAAUAAGAAAAUUAUUGUGGGUUUCCAAGAUGACCAAGAAAAGAAGGAAUAACGGUCGUGCCAAAAAAGGCCAAGGCCACGUGCAACCUAUUUGUUGCACCAACUGCGCCCAGUGCAUGCCCAAGGACAAGGGUAUUAAGUUUGUCAUUCAAAAGAUAGUAGAGGCCACAGCCAUUAGGGACAUCUCCAAAGCAAGUAUCUUCGACGCCUAUGUGCUCCCCAAGCUGAAUGUGAAACUACAUUACUGUGUGAGCUGUGCCAUUCACAGCAAAGUAGACAGGAAUCAUUCUUGUGAAGCUCGGAAGGACCGAACACCCCCAUCCUGAUUUACACCUGCGGGUGCUGCCCCACAACCUCCACCAAAGCCCAUUUAAGGAGCUAAGUCUUUAAGGAGUGAAGAAAAG